AAUAUAUAUCCAACACGCAAACUCGAAUGAGGGGUAAUAUAUAGUACCCCGCAGACCAGCCGAAUUAUCCACACCGACAAAGAUCAUCAGCCCAAAAGAACCAUACCAAAAACUCACCCCAAAUAUAAGUUAAGCUAUGGUGUCCAGCGAGGAAGCCGGACAUCAUCAUGUCCUUUCAUCCGAAAAGGGCUGGCGCGAAAACUUCCCCGACGGCGACCUCUGGGUGUUCGGCUACGGGAGCUUGAUUUGGAAGCCUCCGCCGCAUUUUGAUCAGCGUGUUCCCGGUUAUAUCAAUGGCUAUGUCCGACGGUUUUGGCAGGCUAGUAACGAUCACCGCGGCACAAAAGAGAACCCCGGACGGGUAUUAACAGUGAUUGACCGGGAGUUCUGGGAAACUCUCGAUGAUCCGCUAGCACACCAUGAAACCUCCGCAACAGCUACAGUCUGGGGUGUAGCGUACCACAUCCCUGCCAGCCACGCCAAUGAAGUCCGACAAUAUCUUGACAUUCGGGAAAUCAAUGGCUACUCCGACCAUUACACGCCGUUCCACCCGGUCCUGACACCCCAGGGAGCUAGAUCUACGGUCACCUCGGACUAUCCCGCCACCCCCAUCACCUGCAUGGUUUACAUCGGCCAGCCCAGCAAUCCGCAAUUUCUACGUGACCCCGCACAGCGUGAACAACAGGCGGUGGCCGAGGUGAUUAGUCGCAGCGAGGGCAAAAGCGGGAAGAACGCAGAAUACCUGUUCAUGUUGGAGAAGGCGCUUGAGGGGCUUGGGUUCGGGAAUGCUGAGAUGCAUGUCACCGAUCUAGUGAAACGGGUUAAAGCGCUUCAGAACGAGGAAGAGGUGCGUAGGGAAGAGGAGCAGGCUGAACGGGACUUGGAAGAGUCGCUGCAUCCAUCGGCGCGGGAAGCACAUGAACGGUUCCCGCCUGCUGAGUAGACAUGUCUGAAUAAGAAUAUAGAGAGAUAGAG